AUGGUGAAAGUAUCAGCGUGGAAUCAUCACCUAGUGUGCCAGUAAUGAACAAUUUUACCCGGUUUUCCUUCCACCGCCCACCCAGCGCUGCUGCGGCUUCUGCUACAAGAGCAACUGCAAGUCCAAGACCUACCGUGGCAAAAGCAUUCCAAAGGAACAUCUUCAUUGGUGAGCUUGUGGAUGGCAAGUUGGAGACAAGCAGGACGCUAACUGUGCGUUUUUCUGAAUUUGAAGCCUCUGUUUUGGGUAUCACCAGUAAGGUCACUGAUGCCCUUGAACAAGAUGACUCAUUCGUCCUUACAGAUGGUCAAGGAAACAAAAUCCUAGAUUCCGAAGGAACCAGAGGAUCAGCAUUUUGGAAGCAAAAUGCAAGGAAAGUAUUUGCUGUGAAGGAAGAAGACUUACUGCAGUUACAAGCAAGUAAAAAGAGAAGACUGAGUCGACGAGAAGAUACUAGCCUUGAUUACAUUUUCGAUCAAAUAGAGGAGGUAGUGCUUGCAGCUCAGGGUCUUAAAGGAGUCUCCAGUACAAUAAAGGAACUGCAAGAGUUGGCAAAUUCCAACCGGAGAACAGACGUGUGUCUGACAGAGGCCCAAGCAGCAGCAGUUAGAGAUGGCUUUGCCUGUGUCAUCUGCAGAAGCGUCAUGGCUGAUCCCAUGGUCUCAUCGUGCUGCCAGAGCCUUAUUGGUUGCAGGAUCUGCAUUGAGGAGUGGCAGAAAACUUCUGCCAUUUGCCCAAAGUGUCGCGCUGAUGAAUUUAGUGUUAACGCACACAGACUAAAUGGACUCUCUGAUGCAUUGGAUGCACUAGGUAACAUACUCAGCGAGUAAUACUCUAUGCAGAGUAUGUGCACAGUUGCAUAAAUGUUCUUAACUGUUCUGUUUCUUUGCACAACACUUGCACUCUUUGAUGUGCUUACUUUAAAUAUGGUGUUAUUUACUUUGUACAAUGCUGUUAAAUGUUGAUGUUGCUGUGAAAGUAAUUUACAAGCAAAAUUUGCACCUUUAUGCUACGUUAUUUUCAGAAAGUCAUUAAAAGAACAGUUUAAAAUACUGAUACAAUACUUAUGGAUUUAUAUGACAUUUUAUUCCAGAGU